ACGAACAACAGCAGCGUUUGUGUGUCGCCUUGAGCAGAACGCCUAAACUCCAUCUUAUUGUCGUCCUACAGCUGCGUCUGUCUCAUUCUUCACUCUGGAAAACCUUCAGAACUUUUUCCUUUUUCUUUUUUUAUUCACUUUUUUGUCCUCUACACCACGUUUCCCUCAAAUUUCUGAGGAUCUUCUUUGCCGGAGCUCCAGAUGAAGAUGUCCGAUUCGUCCGUCAGGUUGUCCUGGACAUUGUACUGGACGCUGGGUGUUGUUAGCGUGCUCACGCUGCUGAACUCGGCCGGAUUUAUGCUGCUCCUUCUUCAGACCCGAGAGUUUGAAAAUCGGAUGGAUGUGGUGGAAUCUCGUCUGGAGGAAAUCUCUCAGAGCUCAGUGGUGGAGUUCAUGACGGAGAUGAGCAGAAAUAAGCAGGAGAUCCAGGAAGAUCUGCAUCAAUACUCCAGAAAUAAAAGGAGUCAGGAGCUAAAGGCAGCUCAAGCUCUAGAGCAGAAACUUCAGCUGGAACUGGAGGAGAAACUGGCCGAGGUUUCAGGAGACGGAAUGGGAGAAAGAGCGAUGAUUAACGAGGAGAGGAACAUUCAGGAGCCUCCAGAUUUCUAUCACAGGACGGUUCAGCACAAUGGGAUGAUGAUGAUGAUGACGUACUCCAUGGUGCCGGUUAAAGUCUUAUUAGACCUCUGUAACAGCUCUAAAGGAGUUUGUCUCACUGGUCCUCCUGGACCUCCAGGUUUGCCAGGUGUAGAUGGAAUGCCAGGAUACAACGGGACUGAUGGAAUUCCUGGUUUGCCAGGAGAACCUGGAGCCCCCGGAAGACGAGGAAAAAAGGGUUCUCCAGGUGAAAAAGGUGAACCAGGUGAGCCUGGUGUGAAAGGUGACCCAGGACCACCUGGAGAAAAGGGAGAACCUUCUAAUGACGUGAUUGUAGAAGGUCCUCCUGGCCCCGCGGGACCCCCUGGUGCUCCAGGUCCGAUGGGACCACCAGGUCUUCCAGGACCACCUGGUCCACCGAGACCAGCCAGGAACAGAAGCCAGAGAGCUCACCUGCACACAGGCCCUGUGUCUGAAGGUUUCAUUCAGCCUGUUUCACAUGAUCCAAUGAUGAGUCACGGACCAGGGAACCGGAGAAAGAUCUCAAAACAAGAGUGCAUUAUCAAGUCAGUAAAGGAACCGAGGAACCUGGCUAAGAUGGCGAGUACGUUUGGAACCUGGCUGAAAGACACAGCAGUGGGAGAUGAUGAGAAGAUCUGGGUGGCAGAACAUUUCUCAGGUCGUAUUAUAAAGGAGUACAGCAGCAUCGCAGCCUGGCAGAACAGCAGCGGCAAGUCCAUCGACGUCAAGAAGUUUUUCCAAGGAUGCGGACAUUUGGUCCACAACAACUCCUUUUAUUACAACAUCGCAGGAACUUACAUCAUCUCCAAGUUUAAUCUUCAGACUAAGACACUGCACACUCUGGCCAUAGAGAACGCUUUGUACCACAACCUGUCCUACCUGCUCCGGAGCUCCAAGACCUACUUUAAAAUGGCAGCAGAUGAAAGCGGCUUGUGGCUCGUCUUCGCCUCAAGCAUCGACGAGAACAUCAUGGUGGCGCAACUGGACGAGAAAACCUUCUCUGUGACAUCAUACAUCAACACCAGCUACCCGAAGAGCAAAGCAGGAAACGCCUUCAUCGCGUGCGGCGUCCUCUACGUCACUGACACUAAAGACAGCAGAGUGAGCUUCGCCUUUGAUCUCCUCAAACUGAAGCCUCUCAGCGUUAGCUUUGAUCUCUGGCCUCCGGCUAGCGUUCUGUCGAUGAUGUCUUACAAUCCUAAAGACCGCCAUUUAUACGUCUGGGACAGCGGACACGUCAAAUCCUACAAGGUCCAGUUUCUGUCUGAUGAAUGAUUGGAGUUUUUAUAUAUGAAAUGUUCUGAGUGACUUUUCACUAAUAGCCUCGUGUCCAUUCCUUGAUGAACCCUUUUGUAUUGAAAUGUUUAAAAUAACUAUCCAUCUCAUUAUGCAAAUGAGGCUUUGUUUAUUUAAAUAGGCAGAAUUUUAAUUUACAAAUUAUGAAAACAAAACUCUUAAAUCUAGUCUGAAGUCACUGAAGUGUUUAUUUCUCUGUGAAGAUGCUCAGAAAACAACUUUUACUGAAGUUAAAUGUGCGACUGAGGGGGGCACGGUGGCUUAGUGGUUAGCACGUUCGCCUCACACCUCCAGGGUCGGGGUUCGAUUCCCGCCUCCACCUUGUGUGUGUGGAGUUUGCAUGUUCUCCCCGUGCCUCGGGGGUUUCCUCCGGGUACUCCGGUUUCCUCCCCCCGCCCAAAGACAUGCAUGGUAGGUUGAUUGGCAUCUCUGGAAAAAUUGUCCCUAGUGUGUGAUUGCGUGAGUGAAUGAGAGUGUGUGUGUGUGUGCCCUGUGAUGGGUUGGCACUCCGUCCAGGGUGUAUCCUGCCUUGAUGCCCGAUGAUGCCUGAGAUAGGCACAGGCUCCCCGUGACCCGAGGUAGUUCGGAUAAGCGGUAGAAGAUGAAUGAAUGAAUGAAAUGUGCGACUGAUUUUUUUUCUUUUUUUCCCUUAAUUUCACCUUUCACCUUAAUUAAAACCUCCUGGUCUGUUAAAUCAAAUACAUUUCAGUAUAAAGUCCAAAUUGACUCAACAUUCGGAGCUGUUCCUCUCUACUAUGAAUUUAAUCUCUAAACUCUAAAGGGACAGAAACGUGGAAUAAAAGCAACUCAUUAAAAUAAAUAAAUAAAUAAAUAAAUAAAUAAAUGAGAGAAAGUUGAUAAAGCAAACUAAUGUCUAUUUCAUCUCACCAUAAACUUUAUGUACAUCAGAAAAACAAACUUUACAGAGUCAUGUGACGUGAUGGUGAAGUGGGCGGAGCUUAAAUUAAUCUAAAGUCGCAAAGUAUCAAAUAAAGCAGGACAAAAAAACAGAGAAAUUAACAUUUUGUUUGUUGAGUUUUGAUAUUUUUAUUGCUAUUCUGUAAAACGACACAUGACCUAAAAGUACUUUUGGUUAGUAACUAAUUUUUGGUAAUCAUCACUCAGUGCAGCGUCUCAUUUUAAAGCCCACAGACUUCUGUUCAGUUCGUUUCCCGCUCAUUAAGUUCCUCACUAAAAGGUAAUGGAGUGUGAUGUUCAGUAGCGAGCUGCGUGUGCUGGAGUCUCAUCAUCAUAGUCAAACUGUCUUCAUUAUAAUUUACACUAAAUGUGUGUUUUCAGGUGUUUCAGUGAAAGUUAACGAUGAAACAACAGACGUGAAGAUUAGAAAGGUCUCAGAUUUCUCACAGCUGAACUGAAUCUUUCUAACAGUUUCAAUUAAAGCAGAUUUCAAGCGUGACUUUAUAUUAAAAGAAGAAUCUGAAUGAAAUGAUUAUUAAGAUGAACUCCAGAGGUUUUAUAAUAAAUGAUUUAACUCUAUGUUUGUGCUUCCAGUCUGUUUCAGAUCCUGAUCUUUAAUGAACAAUGUUCCAUUUUGGCAGCUUAUAUAAUUAUUUAAUAAACAUUUAAAAGUA